AUGAUAGAUGAUGAAGGUACUGAAAUUAGAAUAACUUGCUUUGGCGAUGUAGCAGAAAUGCAUUAUCAUAGGGUUGAACCAGGAACAUAUUAUACUGUGUCAAAAGGUUGCGUUAAAGAAGCUAACACUAAAUGGAAUAAGCUUAACAACCAUCUUGAGAUAACUUUGGACAACAAUUCAAUAUUGAAGUGUUGUGAUGCUGUUGUUGAAAGUGAAGCAAAUAAUUCUCAAUUCACACCAAUCAAUGAAAUUACAUACUGCACCAACAACACUUUAGUUGAUGUUAUUGGUAUUGUAGUUGCUGUUGCAGAACCCUCAUUAAUUCACAGGAAGGAUGGAAGCGAAGUAACAAAGAGAACUGUAAAAAUAAAUGAUGCCUCAACUUUUACUAUCGAUGUUAACUUAUGGGGAGCAACAUGGCAAGGGCUAGGUGAAGAUUUGAAGAACAUGCACACAACCCAAAUAGCUGUUGUCCUUGCAGUCAGAAAUGCUCGUGUUGGUUAUUUCAAUGGAAAGGUGAUCAACACAACCAUAGAAACAACUCUAAAUAUAAACCCUUCUGUACCUGAAACAGAGACACUUAUGUCAAGAGGAAAGAUUCCAGAUGCCCUUUUACCGCUAUCGUGUGUUGCUGGACAACUUAACUCACAAUAUAGUAGGAUGACAAUCACAGCUAUUUUAGAGCGUACAAGUGUUCUCUCUGAAACAGUUGAAAGUACUAUUAGGGCUAUUAUGAAGCUCCAAGAUCAUACAGGGGCUCUUUGGGCUACUACCUUUGAUGAGGUUGGCACAAAUAUACUACAAAUAUCUGCCAAGGAGCUUUACAUGCUGCAAUACGAUUUGACUACACAAAAAACACCUCAGUCCAUUAUCAAGCAUGUGCUUUUGUCUUCCUUUGUUUUCACACUCUCUAUUACAACAGACAUGUACAAUUCAGAACCCAGGCUCAAAGCAACGAUAACCAAAGUUGCCAGAAUUGAUUACCAGGCUGAAAGUGCUCUUCUGCUUGCAAAGAUUGCUCGGAUGACUACAACUGCAUAG